AUGAGGAGGACCCGCGACGAGGUGGACGCGACGCUGCAGAUCGCCAAGCUGAACCCCGCGGAGCUGCUACCCGCCGUGCAAUGCCUGGGCUUCGGCCCCGGGGCCAGCGCGGCCGCCGGCGGAGACUUCUGCCUCCUGGAGCUGGAGCCCGUGCUGUGCCAGCAGCUGGAGGCGGGGUGCAGUAUGGUGAUUCGUGGUGAUAAAGAUGAACAGGCUGUGCUGUGCAGUAAAGACAAAACCUAUGACUUGAAGAUAGCAGAUACUUCUAAUAUGUUGCUUUUAAUUCCUGGUUGUAAAAUUCCGGGCCAGCUAAAGAUGGAAGAAACCCACUGUAACAUUAUUCACACUGAGAUCUUUGGUUUUUCUAAUAAUUAUUGGGAACUAAGAAGAUGUAGACCUAAAUUAAAGAAGCUAAAGAGACUUUUAAUGGCAAAUACCUAUGAAGGACCUGACAGUCAAAAAGAAAAAGAUUCCAAUUACUCAAAAUAUACAACUGAAGAUUUGCUUGAUCAAAUUCAGGCAAGUGAGGAAGAAAUAAUGGCCCAGUUACAAGUUCUAAAUGCCUGUGAGAUUGAAGGUUAUUGGAGGAUUCUUGAAUUUGAUUAUGAGAUGAAACUUCUGAAUCAUGUAACUCAGCUUGUGGAUUCUGAAUCAUGGUCUUUUACUAAAGUUCCUUUGAACAUAUGCCUUCAGGAACUUGGACCAUUAGAACCAGAAGAAAUGAUUGAGCACUGUCUUAAGUGUUACGGAAGAAGAUACACAGAGGAAGGUGAAAUUUAUUUUGAAUUGAGCGCUGAUAAAAUCUGCAGAGCAACAGCACAAAUGCUACUUCAGAAUGCAGUGAAGUUCAACCUCGCCGAGUUUCAGGAAGUGUGGCAGCAGAGUGUCCCUGAAGGAAUGAUAACCAGGCUUGAGCAGCUUAAGGGUUUGGCCUUGGUGGAUAGACAGUCAAGACCAGAAAUCAUAUUUUUGCUAAAAGUAGAUGAUUUACCUGAGGAUAAUCAGGAACGUUUUAAUAACCUAUUCUCUCUAAGGGAGAAAUGGACAGAAGAAGACAUUGCUCCAUAUAUUCAAGAUUUGUGUGGAGAGAAGCAAACCAUAGGUGCAUUACUCACUAAAUAUGCUCGAUCUUCGAUGCAAAAUGGUGUUAAAGUUUAUAACUCAAGAAGACCCAUUUCUUAA